UGAAUGAACAACAACAACCCCCUGUGAUUCUUGUCAUCCCCAUACAUCUCUGUGCAUUCAUAGAGUGCUGUCGCUUUUGAGUUGAGUUUUUCUGAAGUUUAUUUUUGUCACAAUAAUAUUUUCGGAGUAGUUGUACGCAGAGAGAAUACCAAUGUGCAGAAUAAACAGUUUUACCUCCUUUUGGCUGCAGAUAUAAUUUAGCCACUCGUGUUUCAUAUAUUUAAAACCCAGUGCUAGUCUUUGUGUAUUUUAAUUAUUUUAAAUUCAAGCUUUGAGAAAUGUCACUGCAAUAAAGCAGGAAACGGGUCUGAAAAUGGAGUUGAACAUAAAAUGUAUUCUUUGUUCCCUUUUUAAAUCACUAUGCCUGCAAAAAGAGAGAUGUCAACACAAGCAGGUGAGUUUCAGGAGGAUUUUAAAUCAAUAUACCGCGUUAUACCAGAGGAUUAUACACAUUCACACACUUCUCGAAAAUCGGACUUUCCAUAAACGCCGCACCGUCGCCCUCGACGCGUCAUCGCCGUGCGACUGUUUACAGCGAGCCGAGCACCCGCUCCGCCUCGGCUCCGCAGACCGGCUCCGUCCCGCCGUCGUCCCGUAGCUCCGGGAGGAUGACCAUGGAUGUGACUUUCCUCGGGACCGGCUCGGCCUACCCGUCCCCUCACCGCGGGGCCUCGGCGCUGGUGCUGCGGACAGAAGGGGAGUGCUGGCUCUUCGACUGCGGGGAGGGAACCCAGACCCAACUGAUGAAGAGCCAACUGCGAGCCGGUGGGAUCACCAAGGUGUUCAUCUCUCACCUGCACGGGGACCACCUGUUGGGCCUGCCCGGCCUCCUCUGCACCGUGAGCCUCAACACCAACGCGGAGCAGCAGCCCCCGAGCUGUGUGGAGGUCUACGGGCCGCGGGGGCUCCGCCACUUCUUACGGGUGGCCCUCGGCCUCACGGGGUCCCAGCUGCUCUUCCCGUAUGCAGUCCAUGAGCUGGAGCCCACAGCGGACCAGAGUCCAGAAGAGGGACGCCUCAGCCCGGAGGUAACCGACUGAUUUUCAUGUGACCGCGGCCCUCCGCACCCACAGGAGCAGCCGGGCCGGACCGUGGUCCUGGACGCCUCCAGCGACUCCUACCUCCUCUUUGAGGACCGGAGGUUCGUGGUCAAGGCCUUCAGGCUGUUCCACCGCAUCCCCUCCUUCGGGUUUUGCAUUAAGGAGCACGAUCGACCCGGGAGACUGAAGACUGAGCUCCUGAAGGAACUAGGCCUGAAACCGGGUCCGCUUUAUGCGCAGCUGAAAGCCGGCAAGCCAGUAACGCUGGCCAGCGGCCGCGUGGUUCUGUCCAGCGAGGUGCUGGAAGAGGCCAUUCCGGGUCGUAAAGUCUGCGUCUUCGGCGACUGCAGCUCGGCCGUGGGCGACGGCGCGCUGAGGCUGUGCGGCGGGGCGGACGUCCUGGUCCACGAGGCCACGCUCGGGGACGAGCACCGAGCCAAAGCGGAGGACCGCGGACACAGUACGCCCGGGAUGGCGGCCGCGGCGGCAUGCAGCAGCAUGAGGCUGGUGCUGACCCACUUCAGCCAGAGGUACAAACCCGGCCCCUCGCACCAGGACGGGGACGAGGACGACGUGGCGGAGCUCAAGCGGCAGGCGGAGCGCGCGCUGCAGGACAGCGGCGUGGAAGUGACCUUGGCCGAGGACUUUCUCACUCUGCACUGCAAAAAUAAAAAUCUAACAUAUGCUGUCGGGACUCUGUUCAGGUGA